UUCGAUGCGACGGCGGGAAGCUUCCCGAAGCUGGUGGCGGCCGCCGCCAACAACUCGCUACUGUACGAGAUGGACAACAAGUUCCAGGCGAGCUGGAAGCUGGCGGCCGAGAAGUACAGCAACGCGAUGAACGAAGGGGCAGCGGUGGCGGCCGCUGCAGCAGCAGCAGCCGCGGCGGCGACCGCCGCCGCCGCCACCACCAACAACUCGAUCGUGCCCGACAGUGGCACCGAGAAGAAGGGGAACGCGGCGACGGCUGCUGCGGCGGCAGCCGCCGCCGCCGCCGCCAGCGGUAAGCUGUUGACCGAUUUUCUCAACCAGCAAAAGAUGCUGUCGACCGUUGGGGAAAAUCUGUACGGCAAGCCGAACAAGUUCCUCGAGCUGAUCAGUUCGGCCGCCGAUAUGAAGCUGAACCCGCUGGCGGCUGCUGCUGCGGCGGCGGCCGCUGCCGCUAACUCGGCCACCACCGGCAACAACAGCAGCAGCAACAAAGGUACACCAUCCGGUCUGGACAUGUCCGGCGGGUCGGCUGACUUUCACACGAGAAAGUACAACCCGGUGGACCUGUACAAGCAGCUGCUGGCCAGCAACUUUCGCCCGGACGUCGUGAUGGACGGUGCCGGUGAGGAGCUCAAGGGUGACCAUCAGAUCAGCGUGAAGAAGCUGGAACCGGAACCAUCGGCUAACUUCCGCAACAGCAACUUCAGCCCGAACAUCUCCACCCGUAACUCGUGCAAAACGCUCAAGUGCCCACAGUGCAACUGGCACUACAAGUACCAGGAGACGCUCGAGAUUCAUAUGCGCGAGAAGCACCCGGACGGGGAGACGGCCUGCAGCUACUGUUUGGCCGGCCAGGCCCACCCACGGCUAGCGCGGGGGGAAUCGUACACGUGCGGGUACAAACCGUACCGGUGCGAUAUCUGCAACUACUCGACCACCACCAAGGGCAACCUGUCGAUCCACAUGCAGAGCGAUAAGCACCUGAACAACAUGCAGGACCUGAACGGGAUGAUGAACAAGGGUAACCAGGGCUUCCUCCAGCUGGCCACGCUGCAGGCGAACGAUCCGAAGGUGGUGGGAGGUCCGCGCAACCAGUACAUGGCGGCGGCGGCUGCGGCAGCGGCGGCCUCUUCGAUGGCUUCGAAGCUGACUGGUGGUGGCACCGGUGGCCCAGGCGGUGGGGCUAGUGGCGGUGGGGGUUCCUGUGGUGGGGCACAGUCACAGAAGGGUGACAACACCGGUGGCUACGAGGCCGGCGGCGGCGGCGGCGGUGGCGGCGGCGGCGGCGGCCGAGCGGCCGGCAAGUCCUUCUUCAAGUGUGACAUCUGCAACUACGAUACGAACAUUGCGCGCAAUCUGCGCAUCCACAUGACGAGCGAAAAACAUAUCAGCAACCUGAACUCGUUCCAGUCCAGCUUCGCCCAGCUGAAGAGCUUGCAGAGCAGCCUGGCCCAGCAGUCCGACAACCUGGACUACCUGAGUGCGAUCAAUCUGAACACGCUGAAGGAGGACUCACCGAUGGCCCGGGUGGAUGAGUAUACGGCGGCGGCGGCGGCUGCUGCUGCGGUUGCAGCAGCAGCAGCAGCAGCAGCAGCAGCAGCAACUGCUACCGGUAGUGGUGGCGCAGGCACUCUCAAACCACUAUCGCUACCGUCCUCCCCGUUCGGUGGUGCCAAUCCGCUUGACAGUUCCUCUUCCGAGGGACUGUUUCACAAUCAACCAUCGCCGUUCAGCGGAAUCAGUGAGCCCGGUACCGAGCGUGACUAUCAGCAGCAACAGCAGCAACAGCAGCUGGAUGAGGACAAAAAUCCUCUCCACUUUGACCCACCAAUCAGACUGUCGCUCGAUCCACUGACCUACUACAGCUGCCUGAUCUGUGGCGAGUACGAAACCAACAAUCUGGACGAGCUGAAACGGCACGUGCUGAAAGAUCGCACCAACAACGCGAUGGAUACGAUCCUGUUUACCGGCGGUACCCAGGAGUGUUUGCUGUGCACGCAAAAGGUGCUCGACCGGGGCGAGCUGGAGCGGCACGUGAAGACGGAGGCGCACCAGCGGCGGCUCGAUUUAACCGUGCACCUACUCGAGGGCCGUGACCGAUCGGUGGCCAAGUUGCGGGCGUUCGUCGGCAAGGAGCUGUUCAAGAAGCUCCAGCUUAUCUUCCCGCUGGCGGAGGAAUCGAAGUUUGCGUACGAUGAGAUGCCGAGCGUGAGUGAAAUUUCCGGCUCACCGUUGAUGCUGCUGCUGGAGCCGAAAACCGAGCUGAUCGAGCGGGACUUUGCCGGCACGAACGGGAUCGACGCCGACCAAACCGGCCCGUCCUGCCCGGACAGUGUGCAGAUCAAGUGUAACUGUUGCAACUUCUACACCACGUCGCUCGAGAAGCUCGGUUUGCACAGCCUGUCGGAGAAGCACAUUUUCCGGCGCAUCUGUUUCGAUUACUUGCUGCUGAUUGCCGGCGAGAAGAACGCCAGUGCGGCCAGUGCGCUCGAGCUGCCACCGGCAAUGCUUGGUGGUGGUGGUGGUGGUGGUGAUGAUGAAGGCAAGCAACAGCAGGCUUGCCUGCUGAAGGCCACACAGCAGCAGCAGCAGCAGCAGCAGCAGCAGCAGCAGCAGCUGAUGCUGACGUGCGUGCCGUGUGGCUUCAAAACCGACCACAUCUACUACAUGAUACACCAUCUGAAGAAGAACUGCAAGGUGGAGCACAACAUCAACCUGCUCGGGCUGCGUAACAUCUUCAAGCUGACGACGAAAGGUUCCGACACCCAGGACGCAAUGGAUACGGCCGACAACGGCACCCUGUGCAGCAUCCUGCAGGAGAAGAAGAUGUGGAACGGUGAGAACGCCGGCCACAACACCCGGCUGGCGGUGGCUGGGAGCAGCUGCAAGGACCGCUGUCUCGUCUGCAGCGUGUGCAACAAGUUUUCCUCGAAGAAAGUGAAGCUAAUGCAGCACCUCCUCGCGAACCACAACGUCGGCAACGAGCUGCUGGGUGGGCUGGGUGCGGCCGAGCUCACAUCCGGUGCAUCGCGCACUUCCCCCUCGUCGCUGCCACCCGUACCAGCACCGCAGAGGAAACCGUUCGACUAUCUGCGCACCCUGAUGGAGGCCCGCUCGGCCCAAAACUUGCGCCUCAUCGAGAAGGUCACGUUCAUCAGCGAGUCGUUCGCGCUGAAGGAAAACUGUAACGAUCUGAAGCACGGCAACCUGGCGGAGAUGAUGGAACAGUACACGGCCAGUGCACGGGGGCAGCCGGGCGAUGGUGGGCGGUCCGGUGUACCGGAGCAGCCGGCCGCGAUCGUCGCGUCCGCCCGCCAACCAACGCUCGCCCCGGCGACCGACGCUCUGCCCGCCUGUCCGCUCUGCACCGAAACCCUGCCCGAUCAGGCGAGCGUCGAGGCGCACGUGCUCCGGGUCCACCACCUACCGAUGGAUGGUCUCAAUCGACUGCUGAAGCUGGUUGAUACCUCGCAAUUUUUGAAAACCUCAAAUACCACUCACUCCAAACAACCGUUCGGCAACAGUGGCAGUCCGAUUGACCACCAUCCAUCAUCGGUGCGGUCCGCAUCGCCCCACUCACCCGGCCCCGGUUCACCGGGUCACAAGGAGGGUUCGGUGUCACCGGGCGCGGGCGCGGGCACGGGCCCUGGCACCAACACCACCAGUAGUAGCAUCCGGUGCACCCUCUGCAAAGCGUCGUUCGACACGAUGGUCGACCUGAAGAUACACUGCAACGAGAGCAACCAUUUCAAGCGCGGUGGCGACUCGGACGAUCUGCUGUCCUGCUUCCUGCACGACUGCAAGGACACGUUCGACAGUGUGGCCGAUCUGAAUCACCACUUCAAGGCGACGCACCUCAGCUUUCUCAUCUCGGAGCACCACACGUACAAGUACCGGUGCAAGCAGUGCCCGUUCGCGUUCAAAACGCACGAAAAGCUUAGCCGCCACCUGUUUUACCACUCGCUGCGCGAGUCAACCAAGUGUUUCUACUGCGAGCAGCACUUUAAGAACAUCAACGCACUGACGGCCCACAUUGCCGAGCGGCAUCCGCAGGAAGCGGUCCAGAAAACGGCACCGCCCGGUCAGUCGCCGGAUACUUCCAUUCUUUUCUUCAAGGAUUUGAAGCGUAAAAUGCUGCAACAGCAGCAACAGCAGCAGCAGCAGCAGCAGCAGCAGCAACAAAGGAACGGUUUAAGCCCACGGUCCGACCGUUCGGUUGGCCGUGAAACACGCGACAGCGUCGACGACGAUCGGCUGAGCGAGAAAUCGAUGAGCUCGAAGAGCAGCAGCUUCUACUACGACAAAAGCCUGGACGGCAGUGGUGGUUCCGGGUGCGACACGCUGCUGCGCUACACCUGCGCCGACUGUCAGUUCACGUUUACCGAUGCGGUGACACUGGAGCGGCACAUCACCACCGCUUGCCAUAUGCCGCGCGAGGACAAAGUGUCACCGGAUACGGUUGCUGCCACGGCACUGAUGGCGUCACUGGCGAAGCACCAGCACCAGCACCAGCAGCACCAACACUCAUCGCCGGCACUAUCACCCGCCCCAUCGUCCUCGGCGUCCACCGCCGGUGCGUCACCAUCCAUUUUCUACGACAUCAAGUCGGAGAAGUUCACGAACCCGAACCGGCCGUUCAAGUGUACGAUCUGCAUGGAAAGCUUCACGCAGAAGAACAUCCUGCUGGUGCACUACAACAGUGUGUCGCACCUGAACAAGCUGAAGAAGCUGAAGGCGGAGAAGGGUUUCGCGCAGAUGUUUACCGGUGCGCUCGGUCCGGACCUGGGCGGCAGUGAGCUCGCGCUCGACCGUGGCAAAAACUCACCCUCACCAACGGUACCGUUCAGCGAUAAGGCGGCCACACCCUUCUCGAUGCCGAUGUUUGUCGAAAGUGGUGGCGCCGGUACCGGUGGUACCGGUGGUGGUGGCGAGAAGCGCAAAGAUGUAACCGACGAGAAGGAGUCGGCCCGGAAAAAGUUCAAAUGUGACAUCUGCAACGUGGCGUACACGCAGGGCAGCACGCUCGACAUUCACAUGCGCAGUGUGCUGCAUCAGACGCGCGCCUGCCGGUUGCAGGAGCGCACCCUGUUUGCCACGCAGCCACUCAGUCUUGGUGCCCAGCAGCAGCACCAGUCCGCUGGCGAAGGGAAAAAGAAGGGCGGUGAAGGGUUCCCCCUGAUCCAUCCCAUCCCGGAAGCGCUCGAUUUGCAGUCCCCGAACCUGCUGGAUGAGGUGGCAGCGCUUCGGAAACUGAAAUCCCCUUCCGAGCAGCAGCAGCAGCAGCAGCAGCAACAGCAACAAGCGGCACUGCCACUGUUCUGUGGUGAGAAGCCGGAAAUAAUGAUCUGUGACUGCUGCUACCAGGCGUUCCCGGGGAAGCUGAUGCUCGAGGCGCACCUCGAGCUAAAUCCGGAGUGUUUGGCGCACAAGAAGAAGCUGCUCGAGGCCACGGUUGGUUUGCAGGAUAUGGCGGGCCCGGUACCGUUCCCCGAUGGUGCCGUUGCUGCACUGCAACACCAGCAGCAGCAGCAGCACCACCAGCAGCAGCAGCAACAAGCGCUCAACGAUUUAAUGAAGGUGAAUGCGAUGGCCGCUGCCAGCGGUGCUGGCGGUGGGUUCGAUCUGGGCGCACCGGAGGCGCUGCUCGGUGCGAAAUCCCUCGUACCACUCGAUCCAACCGUUAACCUGAUGGAUCCGAACUUCCUGAAGAGUGCUUCCCUGCUGCAGUUUGCGGCCACCGAUCCGAACAGCAAACUGAACCCGAAUGCCCUGAAUGUGCUCAACUUUAUGCACUUUCACCAUUUGAUGUCACUCAGCUAUCUCAACCUGGCACCGCAGCUUAACUUUGGCGGUGUGCCACCGAAAGAGAAACCGGACGGCUCGCCCGUCCCCGGGGACGGUGGAAAGGGGGGCAAACAUGGACCACCGGUCAUGCCGGUGACACCGGUCGUCGGUCUCAAUGGGAAACCGCUCGAUUUAAACCUUUUACCGCACGGUGCGCACGGGCUCGAUCCGAAGCAGCUACAGGUGGUGCACCCAUCGCAGGCUCUACCGCAACAACAACAAACGCAACAACAAACGCAACAACAAACGCAACAGCAGCAACAGCAACAGCAACAACAACAACCGUGCACCCAGAAGCGCGCCCGCACGCGCAUCACCGACGAGCAGCUGCGGAUUCUGCGCUCGCACUUCGACAUCAACAACUCACCGAGCGAGGAGAGCAUCCAGGAGAUGUCGCUCAAGGCGAACCUGCCGCAGAAGGUGGUGAAGCACUGGUUCCGCAACACGCUGUUCAAGGAGCGCCAGCGGAACAAGGACAGCCCGUACAACUUUAGCAUUCCACCGUCGACGAAGCUGAACGUGGAGGAGUACGAGCGGACGGGUGAGGCGAAGGUCACCGAUCUCGAUACGGCGCCGGCGUUCAAGCCGACCGUCGAUACGUCGAUACAGGGUAACUCGUCGCCCUCGCCGAACGCACAGUCCGACAUGAGCAAAGCGCUCAACGAGGCGAUGAAGCAGAACCUCUCGAAAUCGUUGCUGGAGUCGCUGAGCAAACACCAUCAGCACCAUCACCAGCAGCAGCACCAGCCGGGGCCGGAUCUCGUUGGGGCGGCGUUCCACCUAAACAAGGGCCUCUUCCCGGACAGCUUCGUCGGGGCGGACUACGGGACCGGACCGGAUGCGGUCAGUUCCGUGUCGGAUUACUUUCAGCGUGCGGCUGCCGAUGCGGCUGCCCUCGGUGUUGCUGUUAGUGUCGCCAGUGGUGGUGGUUCCGGGGGUGCACCUACCAAUAGUGGGCUGCCUGGCACCAAUGGGGGCUGCAUCGGCGGUGGUGGUUCGGUCACGGCCGGUCUGGUCCCGGUUGGUACGUUGGUGAAGAAGAAGCAGAAAAUCAAAUCCGAAUCAGCGAACGAGCGUAGCCCAACGCCGGGCGAUCUGCAGCUCGACUCGUCCAACUCGAACCCGAUGCCGAUGCGACCGCCGAGUGCGAUCUCGCUGAAGAAGGCCCACAUGGCGGUGGGGCCCGCGACAGGUGGGGCCGGACAGGGACCGGGUGGUGCGGGACCCGGACCGACCACUACCGGACCACUGGCUGUCGCUGAGGAGAUGAAAAUACCGAGCCCGAUCGACAGUCCCGUCAUCUCGCCACCGAACUCACUGUCGAUGCACUCAUCGUUGGCACCGCAAACGCAACCCAUCACCUGCUCGAAUGGGAAGCGGGCGAACCGGACGCGCUUCACCGACUACCAGAUCAAGGUGCUGCAGGAGUUUUUCGAGAACAACUCGUACCCGAAGGACAGUGAUCUCGAGUACCUCAGCAAGCUGCUGAUGCUGUCGCCGCGCGUGAUCGUCGUGUGGUUCCAGAACGCACGCCAGAAGCAGCGGAAAAUCUACGAAAAUCAACCGAACCCCUCGUUCGAGACGGAUGAGAAGAAGGCGAUCAACAUCAACUACACGUGCAAAAAGUGUAACCUGGUGUUCCAGCGGUACUACGAGCUGAUCCGGCACCAGAAGAACCACUGCUUCAAGGAGGAGAGCAACAAGCGGUCGGCGAAGGCGCAGCUGGCCGCGGCCCAGAUCGCCCACUCGUUUACCAGCGGCAGCGAGGACUCGGACUCCAGCCUGGAUGUCAGUCGACGCGAGUUCCAGCCGCGGGAAAACGACUGCCCGUUCUAGGAGCCGUGGUGCGGGUGGCAGCCACCGAUCGUCGGUGCCGGUAGCAGCACUAGCACCACCGGCAGUACCGUGCCACACUGAGCCAGCGCCUACAUCUCAGUUGUUUUUUUUCUUAUCAUUUUCUUCGUUUCCCCUUUUUUUCUUCCUUUCCUCCUUUCUUUUUUUAUUUUCGGCCGUACGCAACCGUACGCUAGCGUAUCAUUUACAGUGUCAUUUUUUCUCCCUUUCUUCUUCUUCUUUUUGUUCUGCGUCGUUCUUCAGCCGUGGGCAGCUGCGCAAACGGCCUUCCGGCCGUUGAGUUUUCAUUCGUGUGUCGUUUGGCCGUGAAAGAUUUAUCAAACGGUACAGUCAUAUCACGGCACAGAAGAUUUCGCUGAUUUUAAGUAGCAAAUUGCCCGUAUAUUGCAUACCCACAGUAUAUAGUUUAGAAAGACACAGACCCACUCACACAGGAGGUAAACGCCUCUAAUUGCUAUCAUGCUUUUUUUUAUCAUCUUUAUUGUCUCCUUACAACAUUCCACGCAUUUACACGCUGACGAUCAGUUUAAAAUUAUUUGUCAUUAAAGAAAAACAAAAGCAGAAUCGAAAAAGGGCGAUUGUUUAGCCGUGUGGGCACAGUAAGAGGUGUAGUCGUUUAUUUUGUUUUUUUUUUACCUGUUUUUUAUUUUUCAAAAGCAUUUUAAUACCUAGUGAUAUACAUUGAUGAAUCUUUUUGCCUACUUUUUUUUUUAUUCGUAUACUUUUACGCGUAUGAAGAGACGGACGAUAACUGCAGUUAUUGAAACAAAGAAAAUAUUACAAAAAAAGAGAGAGAGAGAGAGAGACGACGACGACGAAGAAGAAGAAAGACAGUGAGUCGAAAAUCCCCGCAUCAAAUGUAAUGUGAAAGUUCCUAAAACAAAAGAAUACAGAAUAUAAGAACUUAGUUAGAAAAAAAAGGAAACUAAA